CUCUCCUCUUCCCUCUCGAUUUUCUCUAUCUAAAAAAUUCUAGAGAGAGAAAGAAAGAGAGAGAAUUUCAAUGGCGAAAUUCAUCGACGAGCAAUCGGACGGACUGGAAAUAUUAUCAAUCGGAAAACUUUACACUGGUUCAUGGGAUAAGAAGUACUGGAGCUCCUCUAGGGGAAAAGACCGCUAUCCUUAUCCUAUUGGAUACAAUGCUCUAAGGACUCAAAAUGGAGUCUCUUACAAAAUGGAAAUUCAUGAAGGCCUCAAUGGGCCAUUAUUUACGAUUAGUUCUACAGAUGGGCAGUCAUGUAGUGGGCAAACUCCAGAUAUUGCAUGGGAGAGUUUCCAGAAAAAAGGAUGUCAAAUAAAAUUGUUGCAGGGAAAGAGACACUCCAGUAAGAUUGAUGGUGUGGAGUUUUUCGGGUUCAAGAACACAUUUGUUCAGAGGUUACUCAGGGAAUUGGUGGCAAAUACCAGUGGAACGCCAGAGCAGAAUUUCUUGUCGUCUAUCUCUCUUAGGAAUGAGACAUCUGAGGCAGUAAACCAAACUGAACUCACGGUAUCAAAAACAGAUCCUAAUCUGCUAACACACACGGAAAAACCACAAAGCGCUGGGAAGAGAAAUAUGAAAGGUAGAACCAAUAAUAUCAAGUCAGCAGCCAAAACAAGUCUCAAAAAACCUCGACGUCAGAACAAAAGCAGCGAUAUCAAAGCUUUGAAUCCCGGCCAACAAGAAUAUGGUGAAUAUCCGCCUCCCUUCUCCUCAAGUAAAAGGUCUUGCAAUAGUUCAGAAGCAUUGCAAGAGUCAGAGACCUUGCAAACAAUAAAUGAGAGAGAAAAAGUUCUGGUUCCAGUUGUAGAAUCUUUUGACCAAGAUGAUCAUCUGAAAGUAGAUAGUCUUAGUUCUCAAGGAAGGAGGAAUCAUUUGAAUCCCAACAUCGAAGUACCGGUAGAAGAAUUGGUGGCAAAUACCAGUGGAACGCCAGAGCAGAAUUUCUUGUCAUCUAUCUCUCUUAGGAAUGAGACAUCUGAGGCAGUAAACCAAACUGAACACACGGUAUCAGAAACAGAUCCUAAUCUGCUAACACACAUGGAAAACCCACAAAGUGCUGGGAAGAGAAAUAGGAAAGGUAGAGCCAAUAAUAUCAAGUCAGCUGCCAAUACCAGUCUCAAAAAACCUCGACGUCAGAAUAAAAGCAGCGAUGUCAAAGCUUUGAAUCUUGGCCAACAAGAAUAUGGUGAACAUCCGCCUCCCUUCUCCUCAAGUAAAAGGUCUUGCAAUAGUUCAGAAGCAUUGCAAGAGUCAGAGACCUUGCAAACAAUAAAUGAGAGAGAAAAAGUUCUGGUUCCAGUUGUAGAAUCUUCUUAUAAAAAUGAUCAUCUGAUAGUGGAUAGUCUUAGUUCUCAAGGAGGGAGGAAGCAUUUGAAUCCCGAAACGGAAAUACUAUUAGAAGAAUUGUUGGCAAAUAUCAGUGGAAUGCCAGAGCAGAAUCUCUUAUCAUCUAACUCUCUUGGAAAGGAGACAUCUGAGGCAGUAAACCAAACUGAACACAGGGGAUCAAAAACAGAUCCUAAUCUUCCAACACACAUGGAAAAACCACCUAGAGCUGGGAAGAGAAAUAGUAAAGGUAGAACCAAUAAUAUCAAGUCAGCUGCCAAUAUCAGUCUCAAAAAACCUCGACGUCAGAAUAAAAGUAGCAAUAUCAAAGCUUUGCAUUCCGGUCAACAGGAAUAUGGCGAACAUCUGCCUCCCUUUUCGUCAAGUAAAGGGUCUUGCAAUAGUUCAGAAGCAUUGCAAGAGUCAGAGAACUUGCAAACAAUAAUUGAGAGAGAAAAAGUUCUGAUUCCAGUUGUAGAAUCUUUUGACAAAGAUGAUCAUCUGAUAGUUGAUAGUCUUAGUUCUCAAGGAGGGAGGAAGCAUUUAAAUCGUGAGACUGAAAAACCAGUAGAAGAAUAUACUGAAUUACAAAAAGAUGGAAAGCUGGUUAGUGUGUUUACUGCCUUUUCCCCUUUCAAUCACAUUAAAUGCUCUGAUACACUGUUCUCAUUUAUUUGCAUAAUCUUUUUCCUGUUUUUUUUUACUAGUCCCUUUGUACUACUUUACUUGCAAACAAUAAUUGAGAGAGAAAAAGUUCUGAUUCCAGUUGUAGAAUCUUUUGACAAAGAUGAUCAUCUGAUAGUUGAUAGUCUUAGUUCUCAAGGAGGGAGGAAGCAUUUAAAUCGUGAGACUGAAAAACCAGUAGAAGAAUAUACUGAAUUACAAAAAGAUGGAAAGCUGUUUGAUAGGUCAAAAGUUUUGGAUGAGCAGGUAAUUGAGAACCAAAUGACUGCAGAGAAGGAUGGAGAAUCACCGGUCGAGAAUGGAACACAGAGAAUUAAUGAUGCCAAUCUUUGGGCACCUGAUACUUUGGAUCACCCACCAGAUGAAUCUUUUAGUCUCACUGCAGAGAUUGUGAAGGAUGUUGUAGCUGCUGCUAGUACCAUUGUUCCUGACUCUCUAAUAAUUGAUUCACAGCCAGAAAGUGAAAUGGGUACAUCUAGUUUGGAAGUGAACUCACAGAAAAGUGAGUCAGAUUCUGCUGGACAUGAAAUAGCCAACUCAAUGAUGACAUUUCUGCUUCCUCGAGCACUUCCUCUGAUUAGGACAUACACUAGAAAGAAAAAGAAUGAUACAAAAUCACCAGAAAUAUCCAUCCACAAUUCUCAGGACGAAAAUAAGAAGAUUGGCCUCUAUCUUGACUCCACAUCUGUUGCAGUCAGUGAGCUUGACCAGAAUUCACUGCACAGACAGAAGAAGGUUAAUACCAGUUUUCCAUUUCAAGGUUGUGUUCCAGCAUCUACAGCUUGUUCCCUUGCAGAAGCUAUUGUCCCUGAUAGUUUUGAUAAUUCUGAAAGUGGAUAUACUCCAAGUCAGGGGUUAGCUCAGAUUCUACAAGUAGCUGAAGUUGCUAAAGAAGAUCAAAUUGUUCAAGGCUUACAUACCUGCAGACCUGAAAUUGUGGGGCCAUCAAAGAAUGAUAAUUUAGAAGCAGCAGCUUGCAAUGGUGAAACAGGAACAGAAAGAGAAAAUGACUUCUUACCAAGCACAUAUAAAUUUGUUCAAGCAUCAAGAAAGGAAGUUAGUGGAACCCAAAGCACUGGAGCAAUUGUCAGUGGGAGCUUGACUAACAUUCCACUUUCUGGUGAAUCAAUGGUGCAACAUGUUUCCUUAUCUGAAAGUAUCAUCUGCAGAGAUUUCAGAGAUGAUUCUGUUCCAGAGUCAAAUGCGGACAUAAAUGCAAUGCACACUUCACAUUUCUUACAAGGGAGCUCUUCUAAGCAGUGCCAAAUUGAACAAUCUAUAUCUACUGAUGAACCCCAUAUUGAAGGACGGCCCCUUAACUUCAAUACAAAAGAAAGAUCCACUAGUACCAAUGGUACACCUUUUAACUUGGCCUCCAGAUCACAAGAUGAAGAAAUGGAUCAGAUGUUAGACCAUAUUCAAACUUCAAAGUUUCUUGAUUCAACUGCAACUAAUUCUGAAGGCAACUUGACUGAAAUGUUGUCCAGAGACCAACAAUGUGUCAGGUUUACUGGUCCUCUGUUAGAUAAGCAAAAACAGAAGAUAAAUUUUUCUGCUGACACCACCGAGAAAAAGGAGAAUGUAAACAUGGAAGCCCAGAAAGAUUUAAAGGCUGAGAGUGAAAGAAGUGGUGUUCUCAAGGUUAUUGCAGGCUAUGCCCAUCCCAUGCCAAUUUCAUCAGUGCUAUUAAGUACACAAGAAAAUGAUCUUUAUAUUUGUGUUUUAUGUGGUCAACCAUUGCAUGAGGAUAGAACUAUUUUCAUGUACAAGGCCCCAAUGGAAGGAGAAGAAAGGGGGUGCCCUUCUUUUAUUGGUCAGGUUUCUAUACGUUUCCAAUUUUCAGAUGGUGCCUUUCGUGGAGAUAUUGAACUGGACAGUGCUGCUGUGCAGUUGACACCAAUUGGGCAAUCACUUGUGUUGUUCAACAGUGUAAUAGCCCCAAGCUGCAGGGAGGGUGAUAUGAAGUGCCGGUGCUCAUUAUGUGCUUUGAAUAUUUUCGAGGAAAAUGCAGUAAAGAUCGCGCAAAUUAGAAAUGGUUAUCUCUCUCUCAUUACUAAACUGAAAACGACAUUAAGGGUCUGUUGUAUAUUGGUGUGUCCACCUGAUCACCUUGUUGCUGUGGAAGAAAGUGGAAAGCUGUACGUAUGGGUCAUGAAUUCAAAAUGGAGUGCGGAGACAGAAAAACGCUGUUUGCUGCCACCUGAUUGCCCACCCUUUUCUACAAUGAAAUUGAAAAGAAUACCAAAUUCUGCUAGUUUGGUUCUUGGGUACAACAGUUUCGGGGAAUUUAGCCUAUGGGAUAUAAAGAAGUGCAUGCUUGUGUCAAAGUUUUCUGCUGCCAGUACUUCUGUUUUUCAAUGUCUUCCGGUCAGUCUUUUUAGAUGGCAAAGAAAGUUCACUGUUCCAGUGGUGGUCACUGAAGAUAUUAUUAACGAAAUAACAGAUGUCACAAAGAUGUCUUUCUUGGAAAUAAGUGACAAUCAACCCUUCUGCUCAUUAGAGGAUAAAGAUGUGGCAAUCUGGGUUCUUAUUUCAGCUGCUCCCGAUUCAAAUUCGUCUGCUUAUCAAUCUAGUGAACAGCAUUCUGAUCCAGAUCAUUGGUGGAGGCUCGCUCUAUUGGUUAAUAACACAAUGAUCAUGGGAAAUUCUCUAGAUCCAAGGGCUACUGCGAUUGGUUUUUCAGCUGGUCAUGGGAUUAUUGGGAGAAGUGAUGGACUGGUCUACAUGUGGGAGCUAACUACAGGGAAAAGGCACCAAACUCUGCAUCACUUCAAAGAUGCAGCUGUGUCAUCCAUUGUCUCUGAUAAUUCUAGUCAUCGUGCAGUGGCCGUAGCCAGCGAUGGAGGUCAGUUGCUGGUAUAUUUGCCAUCUUGACUGGCUUUGUUUAUAUUGAAUGAGUAACUUUUAGAUGGAUGCCAAAGAAAUGCAGUUUUGGUAGGCCAAACCUCUUUGUAGAUCUGUAAAGUAGUAUAUUUUUGUGAUUUUUAAUAGAUCCAAUCCAAGUACAAUCAUAGAUUGUAAAUAACAGAUUAAAUUUGGAUUUUAAAUAAUGAAAAUUCCAUUAUAUUUCCCUUCA